AUGGACGAUUUACUCAAAGAAAUGGAUGAUUCUAAUUCAGAAACCUCUAUUGUUGACUUCAAUUUGGCAUCUGAUGAUGAUGAAGAGGAAUUUAAUACUGACAAUAUUUAGCCAAUUUAAGUAAUUUCAGAUCUGGUUGAAGUUACUCCUCUAAAAGAAUAAGUCUCAUCAUUAUAAGGCUAAUAAGAUCCCUAAAUAAAAAAUAAUUUUGAGAAUUAUGCAGAAGAAAACGUCACUUCUUUACCAGUUUACCAUUAUAGAUAUAAACCAAAACUAAUAAAACGCAAAUAACCCAGAGAAUGUAACUUACUAUAAGGAUAUCAAAUCAUUAAGACAUUUGGAAAAUAGGCUCAUCAUUCAUUCAAAAAUGUACAAUAAAAAAAAGAACAAGCUAUCAUAAAGAUUACAAAUUAUUUUUUUAAUGGAGUAGAAAAAUUAAGAAAUUUAUGAUUUGUGUAUAUACUAAUUAAUUAUUUAUUGUAUUAAUUAUACUUAA